AUGAAGAGAGCCGCCACCCCUCAUCGCCCCACGACAACUCUUACCUCGCGUCCGCGGGCCCGAGACGCGUCUGUCCUGCCGAAUCUCAAGCUGAACAUCGCCCACGCGUCCAUCCAAAAGGAAAUCAACAUCCUCUUGGAUGUGGAUCCGACGUCGGACGAGACAUUCCAAACCACUUUACAAUUGACAAAGCAGCCUUCGACUGCGUCGGGCUCGAUCCACACCAGUCAGCGAAUACCCGUCUCCCUGCCGUCGCCCCAUCGGUACACGCCGCGAGCCGAAACCAGGCAAGCGAUAAAGACGUUCCACCACUUAUUCGUGGCUGAGCCCGAGCGACAGAGGCGGCAGCCGUCGUCGUCAGCAGGUCCUCUCGACUUGGAGCUCGACGACGACAACGAUAGCCCUGCACUGUCAACAAAGGCGACGAUUUCGAAUGAAGAUGAGCGAUACAUGACGAAAGUUGCCAACCUCAUCACAGACAGCGCGGGCAAACAAAUUGCCAUCCCCAAGACCCCGCGCCACAAUGGUUGGAGCAUCAAGGACGUUAAAAACAACUACGGCUGGGGUGGCAAAGUGCGGUUCAUGGCGCAAGUGCGAAAGAACCGGCACGAAGUGGACCCACCGGCGGCACAGGGCGACUCACGGCCAUCCGUGAAGGUCGACGCUGCUGACAUGGAACACGUCAAUGUGGACAACAUGCUGUGCUCGGAAAAGUACAUUGACAUGUGCUUGAAGAUGGAGCUCACGCCUGAGCCAUUGAUCAUCCCAAAGCACGAGGCGUGCGGCAUCGACUUGUCGUACUAUGGCACGGGAAGCAAACCCAUGGACGCGCUGUCUUCGUGCUUGGGGUCGAUUCCAAAACUCCAGACCCUCGUGGUCAAGGAGAACCGGCUCACGGACACGGCAAUCGUCAACAUCCUCCAGAGCUCCGAUUUUACGCGACUCCUGACACUCAACUUGUCCAAAAACCGCAUUCGCCAACGAAGCACGCGUGCACUCCACACGUUUUUAAACCAGAAUCGAGUGGUCCAGACGCUCGUGUUGUCGGAUUGCGACCUCCACUCAGACUUUAUCAAGUGCAUCGAAGAACCGUUGGCGAAGAAUCCGUCGCUGACGGUGCUCGACAUGAGCAAGAACAAACUCGACGACUUUUGCGCCACGGCGCUCGCGACGAUUUGCAAAGACAACUCGAAUCUCACGAUGCUUGACUUGAGCUGGAACAGCUUCCGAUCCAAAGGCGCGGCAGGCCUCGCGGAAGCGCUGCAGCAAAACCAGUGCCUUCAAACGUUGCUUCUGAGCUGGAAUGGCAUCGGACAUGGCGACGGCGCCAACUGCCUCGCACACGCCCUACGCGACAAUGCAUACCUCCAGAAACUUGACCUCACGGGGAACUCGAUCAUGACCGAAGCCACGCUCGCCUUGACCAACAUGUGGGCCGAGUCGACCGUGCUUGAAAUUUUGAUUUUGGACCAGAACCCGAUCGGCUCAGAAGGCUUACGGUCCAUCUUCCGCGCGUACAGCAACCCCGCAGCCAAGACACACGGUCGUGUGAUUCAGUUUGACGCAUGCACGCUGCACCACAACGACCCGGUCUUUGACCCCAACUUGUGCAGUGGCAGCUACACGAUCGAUAUGGACAACGUAAAGACGUUUUGGCGGGCUCUCGAGAUUCUGCGCCUGGCCAACUUGUACCCGAGCGCUUGUGAUCUGGAUAAUGUCGUGCACACGACCCCCCUCGAGGCCAAACACCUCUCACUUCAUCGCAUCGUCGUGACCACUGAAAACGUCGCGCACGAUGGAAUGCCGGGCCCUGGGGCACCCACGAUAGCCCAGCUGCUUGCUCUCUCAACGCAAACAACGCCUUGGCACGUACCCAUCUCCGGCACGAUCUCGUUCGACUUCAAGUACAACACCAAGGCCCACCACCCCGCGGACGUUGACCCAGAUUCGGUGACUGUAUUUUGGGACUCGUAUUCCGCCCUCGAGUUUGACUCGGACCGAGUCAAGUACAUCAAGAUGUACUUGAGCGACCACUACGUCACGGCGUCCCAGGCACGGCAUUUUCUCACCACCGUCACAGCGAUCGAUUCCCACGCCGAUCUGGUGCAGUUGUUGCUACAAAAGGUCUCCGACACGGAGAACCUCUUGGCAUGGGCGUCCAAGCCGCUCCUGCCAACCAAGCACCAGUCGUUCCUUAACGAAUGCGCGGGCAAGCUGCUCUACUUUGACGGGACCAUGCCCAACGGCGCGUACUCGUUGGAUCUGUCGUCGUCGAUCGACCAACGCAUUGCGUCCCAACUUUUUCGCAUCUCGGGCGACGACAAGCUGUACAACAAGCAGAACGAUGGAGCGAAUACGAGCCAGACAGGCAACUGGGAAUGCUUUCGCAACGAAACCUUAGACGGCGAACGGUACACGUUCCAUCGGUCGUUCGGAUUGCCAGAGAAGGGGCUGUUUGAGUUUGACUUUGUCGUAACGUCGCGGCUACCUCGCGCAACGCCGGCAAUCUCCCCCGAGUUGUUUGAAAAGGUGUGCCACCAAGCGUCGUGCCAGUGGUGUCCGACCGAUAUAUCCAGUGGCCACCACGAUGUCGCUUUGAACCGAGCGCAGUCGACGAAACAAACACCUACGUUUUCCGUCAAUGUGGCGACGGCGGCCGGAAACAAGCGCGAAUACGAUGCCCGACGAGCUGAGAUGAAGCGAUUCUUUGGCCUGGGCCAAGUUGGAGUCACCGCGACCCAAGUCAUCGAACUGGCCGAGUGCUUUCACGACGUGGACCAAGGCCGUGUCGACUGCGUCGUGACCAUGCUCAAUCAUGUACUCGACCUCGGCGAGUUGUUCCCACGCCUUCGAACGACUUGGACACCUAGCGAGGUCACGUCGCUCGUGCAACGCGUCGGGUGGCUCAAUAUUUGGAAUCCCGCCUACGCUGAAAUGGAAUACACGCUCAAUUUGACCGUGUGGGAAGACCACCAAAUGGCCGUCAUCUUGGCACAGCUUGGGGACAUCGAACCGGGCGAAAACUGGGUCGACGAGACAUACAACAACAUCUUUGGAUGGGAGCUGCCCUUGAGCUGGGUUCAGGGCAAAAUCCCGCACGCCGGUCGCCUUUAUUUGCGGUACACAACGGGGCCAAACCAUAAAUACCGCGUCGUGUCGGCCCGCGAAGAGUUGAAGAAGCGAACGUUGUGCGGCAAAAUGUCGGUGGUUGAAGCGUUGCCGCCAAAUACCAAGCAAAUCGAUAUGCGACCACCGACCAAGAUGCGACGGAAAUCCAUCCACCAAGCCGCUUUGUAG